AUGGACCCUAGUUUAUACCCAACAGCACGUGGCGGAUUGAGUCUUCAUGAAUUACUGCUAGAAUUAGAAGAUGAUGAGCCCGAAAAAGCCUCCAUUUACUUAAUUCCUCCCGAUGACGGUGCUUUAACGGAUGAAGACAGCGAUAAAUCGGAUGAUGAACAUGAGGCUAACCCAAACCCUUUGGGAGCGGCAAUAUUGAGAACAGAAUGCGAGGCAGUUAUUUACACUAGAAGGCCAGCAGAAUAUGAUUCCGAAGAUGACCUUCCCCUUUUUCAUUUUAAAGUAUUCGCCUCAACCGUUUUGAGAGACUUACGGAAUUUGCACAUGAACGAUAAUUCCAAAAUAGAUAAGGAUGAUAGACUUUAUAAGCUUCGAUCGGUUAUUGGGCGACUAAAUAAAAAUUAUAGGAAGUACGGAGGUCUUGCUGAAAAACUAAGUAUUGAUGAGAACAUGAUUCCUUAUUAUGGAAAACGUUAUGCGAAACAAUUUAUUAGGGGGAAGCCCAUAAGAUUUGGGUUCAAAAACUGGGCUCUUUGUACCAGCAAUGGGUAUCUUUUAGCUUUUGAUUCCGAGAAUAUGGAAUAA